AUGGGUGCCACGGAACAGAUGAGCGAGGCGGUGGAUGAUGCGGAACAGAAAUUUGGGGUGAAGAGAAGUUUUGUGGUCUGCUUACCAAGCACCCCUACACCCCUGCCAACACCCGGGACCCCUACACCCCAGCCAACACCCAGCACCCCUACACCCCUGCCAACACCCAGCACCUCUACACCCCAGCCAACACCCAGCACCCCUACACCCCUGCCAACACCCUGCACCCCUACGCCCCUGCAAAUACCCUGCACCGAUACACCCCUGCCAACACCCUGCUCCCAUACACCCCUGCAACACCCUGCACCCCUACACCCUGCACCCAUACACCCCUGCCAACACCUGCACCCCUACACCCCUGCAAAUACCCUGCACCGAUACACCCCUGCCAACACCCUGCCCCCCUGCACCCCUGCCAACACCCUGCACCCAUACACCCCUGCCAACACCUGCACCCUACACCCCUGCCAACACCCUGCACCCAUACACCCCUGCCAACACCCUGCUCCCAUACACCCCUGCAACACCCUGCACCCCUACACCUAUGCUCACCCGUCGCCACAGAUGCUCACUCGUCACGUCAGAUGCUCACCCGUCGCUUCAGAUGCUCACCCGUCGCGUCAGAUGCUCACUGCGUAUCUGAAGCUAAGAUUCUCCAAUGUCCAGCGAAAUUAUCAGUGA